AUGACUUCCUUGUAUCAUCUCAAUGGCUCUCUGCAGCCUUUUGCAAAACUACUUUUUCUUCCCGCUGCCGUUUUGAUAUCAAUCUGGGUCGUCACCACUACUGCAAAGAAAUGGAUGCGCCAUCGCAGACAGCACUUGCAAGCUGCCAAGGCUGAGAUAGUACCACCUGAAAAAGUGCUAGCCAUUGAGCCUUUACAUGACUUUGACUGGAAGACUGCACCCAGGCGUCAGUUACGGCCAUUCAAACCAACAUAUCACAUAACGAUGGCUAUUCGAGCAGAUACACCAUCAGAACUCAUCACAAUUGACGAAGACUACCUCGACCGCGUUACACAUCGACGAAGCAUUAUCGCCACUCAUGGAUCUACCGUUCAUGGCUGCACCCCAGAAGGUGAUGCCGCUGUGCGCGAGCUUUACACCUAUCUCCUAUCUGAACAGCUCCCCAAGCGCUUCCCGACCAUCUUCAAACUCUCCAAGGACAACUCCAUGUGCGAGAAUCUCGCUACGGGAAUGUCCUUCCCCACACUGCCCGAAGGCAACAUGGAUGCGGCGCUGCGCGUACUCGGCGAGACUGUCGAAGAAGAUCUCUUCUUGUUGCAGGAGACCCCAGAAGGCCACCGCUCGGUUGCAUUCAUGUGUUGCUUUCCAUCGGGAUUCGAUCCCUCGUCUAAGCUUGGUAAGACACUUGUGGAGAUCCAUGCACCUGUGCCGUCGUAUGAGAAGAUCGGUUCUAGUAUGGAGAAGUUCUUUGCAAAGCUGGAAGUAGGAAAGAGUGUCAAACGAACAAACUGGUCCGUACAAACUCAUACAGAGCUGUUCAACUGCCAGGGCAACCACAUAACUGGCAAUGACAAGUACGAGAAUGAUGAAGAUGUCGACAUUGAAAAGACUUUCCUUCGCAUAGAGCUCCAAACCCUGACUCGUCUACCCAAGACACGAGCAAUCCUUUUCUCUUUCAAGACUUAUCUCUACCCUGUCCGUCAGAUCAAGGACGAGGGUCUCGGGCCUGCUUUUGCCGAUGCUAUUGAGGGACUUGCCAAGGGGAAUGCUCCCGGCAUGUGGACAUACAAGAGCGCGGUACGAUGGGGAAGCAGUGUAAUUACUUAUUUAAGAUCAUGA